AUGCGACCCUCAUUUCACAAGCUUUCCACUUUCCUUGGACGAGCCGUUCCGCUUGACACUGAGCUGCCCGAGGAAUCAGAAUGUCCGGUGUGCUGGCGUUCUUACAACAAUCUCGACGACGUCUCCGAUCCGGAAGACCCUUGCAUUCCCCUUAAACAAUCUCAAUGCAACCAUAUAAUCGGCAGUUCAUGCUACUACAAUAUUCUCGACCGCGGUCAAUCUCACUGCCCAUUUUGUUUCCGCGAAGUCAAGACCCCGAUUCCACGCUGGCUGGCCUUCCUCUUCCGGGAAUUUGACGAUGACGACGACCGACAUGGUUAUCCCUGGCCAUUUCACAUCAUUUUGUUGCCCCCUGGCGAGCUCGGCAAUUUCGCAGAUCUCGGAAUCAAUGCCAGCGGGCGACGGUUUCGAAACGGUGUUAGACGGCAGCUCUGUGACCUAUUUGAAAGUAUAUUGGAUAUCUUGAGUGCCAUACGGCUGUGGUGGACCUACAUGUAUUUUACAGUGUCUCCCACGAUCAUCAUUAUGGUGUUUGCUUACAGUUUGAUUAGCCACUACGUGGGCGAUUUCGUCGAGUACCAGCUGUGGUACAUAAUCUUCAGCCGAUUCGACACCACACUGGCAAUGCUUUCACCCACUGCUCGCAUUAUCCCAGACAUCACCUACGCACUUUUGGUCUCGUCGGUAUACUUCAAAGCGCUUCCUGAUCCAUUCACAACCAACCGUUUCCCAUGGAAGUUGUUCCUUGAGAGCUUUACGAUUUUCGCUUGGAGCCGCAUCAUCCCAUCGUGGGUUCUUGCGAUUAUCAUGUUGGCAGACACGCUUUUGUUUGCAAUACUCUUAGGACUGCUGAUUGGUAUGGGGAUGUGGUACGGGGAUUUGUCCCGCCGGAGGCUGAGGAAGAGGUGGCCGAUUAAUUGCAGGACGUUGAUGGAGCAGGAUCAGACACAUGAUGGUGGCAUCAUGAGCAUAUCCAUGAAAUCAAGUUGGCGUUGA